CUCGCAGGGCGCCGACGCGGAGCUCAUGGACGGCGCCUAUUUCCGCUCCUGCGCCGGCAUGAUCAAGGUGGCCCAGAUGAUCUCGCUGCUAGUUGCAUUCAUCAGUGUGAAUAGCUCUCAGUGGACUGACUACGCUGCAUACAGCUAUUUUCAGAUCGUCACCAUGUGCGACUUGGUUAUGAUUUUGGUCUUCUACGUCGUCCACAUUUUCCGAAUCUACAGGCUGCUCACUUGCAUUAGCUGGCCGCUUGCAGAGUUUCUUCAUUAUUUAAUCGGUACAAUUCUACUUCUCAUUGCAUCGAUUGUAGCAGCAUCCAAAAGUUACAGUUUGACUGGGCUGGUGACUGGAGCGACUUUUGGAUUCCUGGCUACGAUCCUGUGUGUUCUAAGCAUAUGGUCAUCCUACAAAGUUUCAUGCAUCACUCAGUCAACAGAUGCAGCCAUAUGACUCAUCUCAGCAAGACGUCCAGGCCUGACCAAAUAGGAUGCCAAAGAGGA